UUACAACUUUAAUUUCUAUCAUGAAAACUCAAACCGUAGCUCUCUGGACUGCAGCCACAGUCGCUGCCUUGGGUGUUGGAUACGUUGCCUACUUUGACUACCAACGACGCAGCGAUCCCGAGUUCCGCAAGAAACUGAAAAAGGCACGUAAGCAUGCUGCCAAGGAAGCCAAGAAACAAGAGGAAGUCGGCCAAGCGGAUACUGUUAAAUUGAUCGAAUCCGUUAUCGUCGCCACUGCCCAAGAAGAGUUCCCUACCUCACCAGAGGAAAGAGAAAAAUACUUUAUGGCACAAGUUUCUGCAGGUGAAACUUUGUGUAGUCAAGGUGAAGCUUACUACAAUGAUGCGGUACUGCCAUUCUUCAAGGCUCUCAAAGUCUAUCCCGCACCCAUGGAGCUCUUGAUGAUUUACCAAAAGACGAUUCCUGAACCUGUGCUUCAAAUCAUUCUCAACAUUGUCUCCAUUGAACAACAAGCGGCCGAGGCAGCAGGGGCUACUCCUGGCGGACAAGCAUCAGAAGCAGCAUCAGCAGCUGAACCAGAGGAGAUUCCGAUCGAAUAAUUGAUAACAUCUGUAAAUACUAUUAAUAGCAGUAAAAUACAAAAAAAAAAGCAAGGAAAUACGAUAUGUAUAUAAUGGUACAUUGAUAUAGAACAAAAAAGCUGCUGCAAAGCACCACACUCACACACACAUAUAUAUAUGGGACCCAUUGAGCAUUUCAUCGUACGCUUUAUGUUUCCAGAAUAAACUACAUUCUCGC